GUUGUGUGUGUCUUUUGGUAGAAGAAUGCUUGUCACCUACUCCUUUUAAGUUCCCAAUCUCCCAAAGCUCAAACCUUUAUUACAAUUUUAGUGAGAGAGAAAAAGAAAGCUAAAGAAGAAGAGAGAGAAAUUCUGAGAAGUUACUUGCUUCCUCUGCUCUCUUCUUCUUCUGUAAGUGAGCAAUGGAGAGACACAGAUGCAAGCUCUGUCAUCGAAGCUUUGCAAAUGGCAGAGCUUUAGGUGGUCAUAUGAAAGCUCACCUAGCCACACUUCCUCUUCCUCCCAAAAACCCAGAACCAGCUUCAUCUUCUUCAUCUGAUCCUGAUGCAGAUGACAACAAGUCUUUAGCUUUGGCUUAUGGGUUAAGAGAGAAUCCCAAGAAAAGUUUCCGUCUUGCAGAUCCCGAGUUCUCUUUCCCCGCCGCCGAUAAUGGCUCCGUCGUCAUUCAAGACAGGGAAAGCGAAACAGAGUCAAGAAACCCAACUCGACGGCGAUCCAAACGGAAUCGUCGACCCAAUGCCUUGAAAAGAAUACCCAGUUGGGUUGUUGUUGAUUCAGUACCGUUAACUGAGACGGAACCGGUGAGUUCGGUUUCAGAUACUUCGCCGGAGGAAGAUGUUGCUAUGUGCUUAAUGAUGCUUUCUAGGGAUGUUUGGGAACAAGAAGAACAGGUAAUAAAGACUGUAACUUUAAAAAAAUCAAUGACUGAUGAUGAAGAAGAUGAAGUGAUUGUGAAAAGGUUGAAGAGAGUUAAUAAUAACAGUAACAAUGGUGUUGCGAAACACAAGUGUGAUAUGUGUAAGAAAGUGUUUCGAUCUCACCAAGCAAUGUGUGGUCAUAAGAAGAUUUGUUCAAUGAAUGAAAAUCAAGAAAAAGAAGGUGUUAAGGAUAAUAAAAUCUUUGAAUGUCCUUAUUGUUACAAAGUUUUUGGGUCAGGACAAGCUCUUGGUGGACACAAGAGAUCUCACCAACUCAACUCAUCAUCAUCUUCUGCAACUGCAACUACAACUACAGCAACUACUGCUAAGCCUAUCAUCAUCAUCACUAGUACUAGCACCACCACCACCACCACUACCAAUACUACUCUUACUGAUAACUCAGUAAAGCACAGACACCAUUCUGGUUUGAUAGAUCUCAACUUGCCUGCUCCAUUGGAUGAUGAUGACUUCAGUGUCUUAUCUGAUGCUUGAUUCAUCAAGAUCUGUUUACACCAAAAUCACAAAUGGGGUUCUCUUCUCUUCUCUUCUUUUCUUUUCUCUUAUAUUCUACCCAUUGUUGUCUAUAGAUCAAAUGAUCAUUGAUCAUCAUCAUUUUUUUCCUUUUUUUUUUUUGGUUUCCUGAGAUUACAGUUCUUUUCCUGUUUUUUUUUUUCUCAACUAUGAUAUGUUUUCAAGUCUCAAUUGUUUUACUUACAUUAGUAGUAUUAGUAGUAGUAGUGUUAGUAUUAGUAGUACUCACAAACAAUACAUAAUAUCUCUAUGUAUGCAGGUGAGUGAAUAGGAUGAGAUCAUUAGUAUUGAAAAAUGAAAAAUGUAAGUCUUUUCAAAUUAGUAUAUCUCAAUUCUGUGUUCUUUC